AUGCCAUCGUUCACCAUCUCACCAGCAACCAUUCUUGUGCUUCUAGCAAUCUUCCAAUUCGCGGGUUCGUGUCACAGCUAUCUACCGUAUGCUCAGUUCGUUGGAGCUAGAGCGUACCUACUCCAACAGAAAAUGGAAUGCAAAGGUGGAAAAGUGUACGACAUCGAUAACGUCCAGGAUAUUGAACAAUGCAAAGAAGCGUGCCGCCAAUUCGACUGCGACGCCGUCAAUCUCUUCCAAAUCGGAGAGUUCGCGUUCAAAUGCGAAAUUCUCUCCUACGUGCAAACCUUGGUUCCAGCCAAUGGCGCCGCCUGCUACUAUGCCUCCGAUGCUCUUGGAAAUGGUGGAUUCAAUGGCGGCUUUGGAUAUCCAGGAUACGGUAAAAGAAAGUGA